AUGCACGUCACCGCCCUCGCGCUUGCCGCGCUCGCGGUACCUGCGUCCGCUGUCAUUGUGCGUGACCGCGACGCCGAUGGCGCCAACAUCAACAACCCUUACCGCAACAUGCUCAAGCGUGGCAUCACCGACAACGUCCAGCAGGUCAACGGCAAAGCGUUCGACUUUGUCAUUGCUGGUGGCGGUGUCGCAGGUCUGGCGCUUGCCGGCCGUCUCGCCGAAUGGAAAAACGUCUCGGUCUGUGUGAUUGAGGCUGGCAGCGACGGCUCGGAUGUUCGCGACAACAUUGAUGUCCCAGGUCUGAGUUACGGUGAAUCGGUGACGACCAAGCCGGGCCGCGACUGGGGUUACAACACGGUCGCCCAGGCCCAACUUGGUGACAAGGCUGUCAAGUGGCCCCGCGGCAAGUUGCUUGGUGGCUCGGGUGCCGUCAAUGGCAUGUUCUGGGGCCGUGCGUCCAGUCACGAGUACGAUGCCUGGGGAGACCUCAACCCCGGUGGCAACGUCACCUGGAACUGGAACGAGAUGAACAAGUACAUUAUCAAGUCUGAGACCCUCGGCUGGCCGAAUCAGUCCAACAUCGACACUUUCCAAAUUGCCAUCGACGAGAAGGCCCACGGCACCAGCGGCCCCAUCCACAUUGGCUGGUCGAGCUUCAUCUAUCCCUUCACCUCCAACUGGGUCCCGUCCUGGGAGGCCCUCGGCUUCACCAACAAGGACUUGGCUUCCGGCGAUGUUCGCGGCGUCUCUCUCACCCCGUCCACCCUCUUCCAGGACAACCAGACCCGUUGCGACUCAAAGGCAGGGUACAUCGACUCGCGGCCUGACCUCCCCAACCUGUUCAUCCUCACCGGCCAGCAGGUCACCGAGGUGCUCUUCAACGGUACAAAGGACGCUGAUGGCAACGACAUUGCGUCGGGUGUCUCGUUCUCUGCAUAUGAAGGUGCCCCCGUCUACUCGGUCCAGGCCAACAAGGAGGUCAUCCUCGCUGGCGGCACCAUUGGCUCGCCCCAGAUCCUCCAGCUUUCCGGUAUCGGUCCCUCGAGUGUCCUCACCCCGCUCGGCAUUACCGUACGCAAGGACCUUCCUGUCGGCCACAACCUCCAGGACCACGCCUCGAGCACCAUGUAUUUCUCAACCACCGAGAUUCAGAACUGGGCUCAGCUGUGGAGCAACAAGGACGCCAUUGCCGCCGCCCUGGCCGAGUGGAAGAGCAGCAAGACGGGUCUUCUCACGUACAUCAACGAGGCUGUCGGUUACGUCAGCAUGGCCGACAUUACCAGUGCUUCCCAGGCUACGGCUGCUGCCAACGCUAUCAACGUUGCUCAGACCGUCACCGACGUGGCUGCCGCCCACGACAUGCCCAGCAACGUUCAGGCCGGUCUCACUGCCCAGUACAACAUCCUGAAGCAGUGGCUUACCGACGCGACUGGCCAGCUCGAGAUCAUUCUGUCCAUGUGGGGUAGUGGCGCCAACAACGUUGGCAUCCAGUGCGCUCUCCAGCACCCCUUCUCGCGCGGCACGAUCUUCAUCAACUCGAAGAGCGCGUUCAACGCCCCCAACAUCGACCCCUCGUAUUACGCUGUCGACAUUGACCGCCAGAUUAUUGGCGCCGGGGCCAACUGGAUUCGCCGCCUCGUCGCCUCCGGUCCGUUCGCCAACACGAUUACGGGCGAGACCGGUGCAACCGCUGGCCUCAACGGCAGCGCCCUCACCACUGCCAUGCAGAACGGCGCUGGCACCGAGUACCACCCCCAUGGCACAUGUUCUAUGCUUCCCGAGGAAAUGGGAGGUGUCGUUGACACCCGCCUGAUCGUCUACGGCACCAACAACGUCCGUGUCAUAGACUCGUCGAUCAUCCCUCUCCACAUCUCGGCCCACCUCAUGGCCACGACUUACGGCAUUGCUGAGAAGGGCGCAGACGUUAUUAAGCAGGCCCACUGGAAGCCGCCUCCUCCACCCGACGUGAGCGUCAGCCCUACCGCGACGGAAGACAUUGCCCAGAUCGGCGAGGCCACCGACUCGUCGGUCGCGAACGCGCAGAAGGCCGGUGUCUCGAGCGGCCUGUCGACUACGGCCAAGAUUGGUCUUGGUGUCGGCGUUGGUGUUGGAGCCGGCGCGCUUCUCGGCCUUCUCGUCUUCUGCAUGUGCAUCCGCAAGAAGAAGCGUCCGACCACCGACGAGAAGGGCUGGUACGCCGGUGCCAACCAGCAGGACAACAGCGCUUGGGACGCCCAGCAGGCGUACCGGGAGCAGGACGCAUUCCCUAUGGGCGGUGUUGUUGCGCCUCGCCCGAACCGCUUCUCGUCGGCCAACAUGUCGAUCAGCACCAUGGCCACGGCCGACCUGCAGCCUGGUCAGCGCAUGGACUCGUCGUACUCGCUCGGCGACUAUGCGAACGCUUCGGGCGCUAACACGCCGUACCGCGACGAGCCUUCACCGCUCCCCCCAGCUGGGCAGUACCCGACUCCUGGAUUCCAAACUCUUGGGUCACCGAGUUCGGGCUACGGCGCGCAGCAGUACACACCCGUGGUGCCCAAGUAA